UUUCGGGAAUAUCAGUAAGUGCGAAUUCAUUUAUGUCGCCGAUACAAUUUUACUGAUUAUAUCUUAAACAAGAAAAUUCCAGAUUACCAAGUUUUAAAUAUCUACAAUUGAAAUCUUCAGAGAAACGAAAAGGAAGAACGAAAGUGUAAUUGGUGUACCUAGCCAUUCGUUCAUGCUAAUGUUAAAAGUGGGUACGACGACGAUAGUUUUUUUCUUAGGAUUGCAUCUUUUUGGAUUACUAAUCUGUGAAGAGAAUAAGAAAAGUCAUUCAUGGUAAUGAGCAUUCAGUAUUCCACUUGACAAUCAACCAUGUUGAACGUGCUCCCUAGCCUCCAAAUUAUCUUCAGUGAACGGAACCCCCGGAAAUGGUUUCACAAGUUCAGUGGCUUACUGCACACUGGCUGUUGAAACCCCGAGGCGAUCGCUGUCAUGUUGCCGACUCGAGCAGAACGGAUUCUUCCAUUUCGAAGCGUUGGUAUAACUUUCGACACUUUUUACUAUUUCCUAACGCAGCUGGAGUUUUUCAGUUUCUACUUCCCUCCCUUGGCUUCUAGACGUGCUGACUCGCUAGUGAAACAACAUAACGAUACACUACAAUUCAAUGAUUUCAGUUUUAUCGCAGUAUUUUCCCCAGGCUGCUUUCAGUUCUUUCGUAAUAAGAGCUCCAAUUUGCGCUAAUUUCAGGGGUUAAUACUGCCAAAGAGAUUUGCUUACUGAACUGAACUGCGAAACUUUUAAAAAAUGAUUCAAGAUCCGCUUACAGUGGAGCUCUCCGGAAAAUUACUGGAAAACACCAAAAGCGGAAUUGUGGGUCAAAAGUAUUCCAUCAUCAUUACGAUCAAGAACACGCCAAGCGAUCAUCCCCAUAUUGAACACGGUAUACAGGUGCCUUGCGUCACAGUUCGUGGCCCUUUACGCGAAUAUUCUCGUUUGUAUGAAGAAGAUACGCCUGGAAUUCAAUUAACCGAUUUCCCUCAGCCUGAGAAUUCAGGACAGAACUCGUGUAAUACUAUCAACCUUAUGUCGUGCCCGCUGCACCAUUUGGUCAAUAAUGGCAGUAAAGGUAGUUUGCGACCACGGUCAGCCAUCGCAAAUAAACAGCUGCCUAAACCUGUACUUCAGAUAACCUUUACUGUCAGACAAGUUGGUGAUUGCAUCUUUGAAACAGUCUUGUCAUUCCCUCAAAUUGGUAGAUAUGAAAUCCAAGUCGUUCUAGAGAACAGUAUCCCUAUUAUUGCUGACGGUCCACUGAAGGUCGAUAUCUUCCAUCCCAGUAUUCGAAAAAAAUCUUUGGGGGAUUUGUUGCGAAGCUCUUCACCGCAAGCUUCACUCAAAGAUGUUCCUCUGGAAGAUUCUGUUGAUCUCAUUAGCCGAAUUGGAUGUCGAGGUCGAGCCAAGGGACAAUUCAGUAAUCCACAAGACAUAGUUGCGUUUCCAGGAAGAAUUUUGGCCACAGAUUCCAAUAACCAAUGUGUUCAAGUAUUCAACGUGAAAAAAAAUGAUAACGAUUUGCAGUUUGGUUGUCUCGGGCGUUUAGCAAUUGAUCGUGGUCGGCUAUUAGGCCAGAUACAAAGACCGACGGGUAUUGCUUCAAUGCAAGAAAAAGAUCAAUUUAUUGUUGCCGAUUACGAAAAUCGUUGGAUGUCUGUUUUCGAGAUGAAGGGGAAAUUUGUGUCUCGUUUUGGAAUGGGCAAACUCCAAGGUCCCAAAGGUGUAGCCGUGGAUGGAAAGGGAAAAAUUUAUGUAGUUGAUAACAAGGCAUCAGCAAUUUGUGUUUUCUCGACCAACGGGCGUUUUGUUGGCCGAUUUGGAUCCCGCGGUGUCGGGGAAGAUCACUUGGCGGGUCCUCACUUCAUCGGAAUCAACAGCUUUGGUCAUUCUGUUGUUUCAGAUUUUCACAACCACGCAGUGAAGGUAUUUGAUUCCACCGGUCAAUAUUUGUACAGUUUUGGUUGCAAUGGUGAGGAAGAUGGCCAGUUUAAUGCUCCAACGGGAGUUGCAAUCGACCCUUUUGACAAUAUUUUAGUUGGUGACUGGGGAAAUUCCCGUGUACAGGUUUUCGAUCGCCAAGGAACCUUUUUACAGUGCAUCAACACUUCUACUGACCCUUUAUAUGGUCCUCAGGGACUCAGUCUCUGUGACGGAAUGCUUUAUGUUGCUGAUUCAGGAAAUCACUGUAUUAAAGUCUACAGGUAUGACAAUUUUGUCACAAACGUUCUGCAAGUAGAAUGAAUGAAACACAUUUUCUGAAAAAUAAAUAUUCCCUCGUGUUUAAUUAAAAAAA